AAUCUCCAAAUGACAGUCCGUGAGAUUCUGGCUUUUCUCAGCUGCCUGGCUGGUUUGGGUGCCACAAUCGCUGCCACAGUGUCCAAUGAAUGGAGGGCCACCAGUCGGGCAUCCUCGGUCAUCACAGCUACCUGGGUGCUCCAGGGUCUGUGGAACAACUGUGCCGGAAAUGCCAUGAGCAGCAUGAUUCAGGAGAUCUUUGCCUUUAUAUUAGCAACCUCCGGGUGGGUGCUCGUUAGUUCCACCUUGCCGACAGACUACUGGAAGGUGUCUUCACUUGAUGGGACGGUCAUCACAACAGCUACCUACUGGUCCAAUCUUUGGAAAGCAUGUGUCACUGAUUCAACCGGAGUCUCCAACUGCAAAGACUUUCCAUCGCUGCUGGCACUGGAUGGAUACAUCCAGGCAUGCAGGGGACUGAUGAUCGCAGCGAUCUGUCUUGGUUUUUUUGGUUCUAUUUUUGCCCUGGUUGGGAUGAAAUGCACCAAAAUUGGAGGAACUGACAGAAGCAAAGCCAGGAUUGCUUGCUUUGCUGGUGUGAAUUUCAUCCUAAGUGGCUUGUGCUCACUGUCAGCGUGCUCCCUCUACGCACACAGGAUAACAUCUGAAUUUUUCGACCCAAUGUUUGUGGCUCAAAAGUAUGAACUGGGAGCUGCUCUCUUUAUUGGCUGGGGAGGUUCUGUUCUCUGUAUCCUAGGAGGGAGCAUACUCUGCUUCUCCAUCACAGAUUCCUUCACCGAAAGCCACAGUCAGGCUAACUAUAUCUACAAAGGUGCUGCCUCACAUUCUCAUAUCUCCUCCUACCCAAGAGGGCAGGCGAGGUCCAUAAACCAGAGACCGCCUCCAGAGUACAGUAACUCCUCCAGGAUUCAGCACUUUGAUAAGAAUGCAUAUGUGUAAGGGAUGUGAAUAUAGAAAGCUUUUUUAAAGGUGUUGACACUUAUGAGUCUCAGAACAUAAAUUAUCUCCUAAGUCUGAAAGAUGCAGCACAUUGGGGUGCCUCAUGAGGUGACACAGCUUGUAUAGCAGGCGCUCCAUGUACAGAGGCAACAGUCAUCUGUGCAUAGUCGCAGGGUUGAAUCCUGGUCCUGCCAGGAUUCAGUGCAAGCCAUCACCCUUUCUUUUCCCACACUUCUUCUCUGUCUCAUGCUGUCCUAUCAAAUAAAGGCCCAAAGUUGAUCUUUAAAAAAAAACAACACUUGCUAAGAAACUUUGUAUAACAGCAUCAGAAUCAGCUUAUAUCAUAUGGCUCAACAGGAAUUAAGAUUAAAUUAUUUGCAUUUGUUUCCAAGAUGUAGAGAUUUAAUGCCCUGUGGUAUUGUUUACACUUUGAUCUUUGGGGGUUUAAAUCUGUACAACAGAAAGAAUCUGUAUGAGACAGUUUUGAAUACUCCUUUACACUGAAAGUUAUGUAGUAACUUAGUAAGUAAAAGCAACAAAAAUCAAGAACACUGGGUUCAAAUGGGCCCGUCUGAUCUAAUUCUUGCAUCAUUUUGUAUCUAUUUUUAUUUUAAAAGUCUGCAUUGAAUAUUUUGUAAGAUACUUUCCUUUUUUGGGGUUGGAUUUUUAACUGUUAGUGACACAUGCACAUGCUGUAAAUCUGUUAUGACAAUAUGUAAUACGGUGCCAAACAUAGAUUCUCUUGUUUUCCGUGACAUAACCAUUAACUAUAAUUUGUAACAAGCAAACUUGACGGGCGCCGAAACAG